AUGGAGGAGGAAGAGAAGAAGAAGAAGAAGAACGAAGAAAGAAGAGAGAAAGAAAGAAGAGAAGAAGAAGAUAGGAACGAAGAAGAAGAAAGAACAGGAAGAAUGAGAAGAAGGAAAGAGAAAGAAAAAGAAGAUAGAGAAGAAGAAAGAAGAAAGAAGGUAGAAGAAAGAAGGAAGGAGAAAGAGAAGAAAAGAAAAGAAAGAAAGAAGAGAUAG